UCGUAAAAUUCGUUUAGUUUCUGUUUUGAGUAACUAUGUCAACUGUCAAAUGAAUAUUUCCGGUGACGUUGCGGCCAUCAUUCUUUUGGUUAGAGGGUGAAGCAUGCCGUUCCAAAGGUUUGUAGAAACCGGCCGCGUGGCCUUUGUGUCCGAUGGCCCCCAUAAGGGAAAAUUGGUCAGCAUAGUCGAUGUUAUAGACCAAACUAGGGUAUUGGUUGAUGGCCCAGCGAGUCAAGUCCCCAGGGGUGAACUGCGCCUAAAUCAGCUACACUUAACCAAGUUCAGAAUCAAAUUCCCCUUCACGGCUUCAACACGUAUUGUUCGUAAAGCGUGGAAUGACGCCAAAAUUAAUGAAAAGUGGGAAGGCUCUGCAUGGUCUAAAAAAAUGGCUGCAAAGGAAAAGAGGGCUCAGUUGACAGACUUUGACCGUUUUAAACUGAGGAGAGCGAGGUCGCGCAGAAACCACAUCAGGACUAUUGUUUUCAGGAAUUUGAAGAAAGCCGCGUCUAGAAAUGGGACUUUGUACGGCAAAAAGAAAAUGGCUAAGGGUGGAGAUAAGCCAAAACCUAAAAAAGCCGGCAAAGGAAAGAGCGCAUAAUUUGUUAAAAUUAACAGAUAAAUACAUUUUUUAAGGAAGA